AUGUCGCUUGAAUCGUGGGGCGAUAUAUCACAAUAUGCACUAAUACCCGGUUAUACACAAACACCUGGCUAUGCCUCAACGCCCGCCAACCUCCGUUGGUCACCCGCCUCCCCGUCCAAUAUAGGCAGCAUCAACGUCGAUCCUAUCUCCCCUAUCUAUUAUACCUCUCCAAAACAAACUGCUUCCCAAAAGAAUAAUCUUCCGUUACUCCAGUUCGGUGAUUGGGAGGAACGUCGAAUAUAUAACGAGGAUCCACCGACUUAUACAGAACAAGAUCUGGUUCUAGCCCCUCGAUUUCACUGGAGGCUCUUUUUGCAACCAAAGCUCAAGGAACUAUUUACACGAAAAUAUCUAUAUCGAAAACUUGAAUCGGAUAACAUAUCUGUUGUCGUAUCCGCUACUCGGCAGAAAGGCCUUACUCUAAGCGAUGCGUAUGUUAUCGGAGAAUUCUUCCCUACUGCCGAUCAUGGCUCCAUUCUUCUUACAUCUCGGCUCCAAAGGUUGACUAAGCUAGGGAAGUCUUUUCAGCUCAACAUAUUGGACUCCAAGGAAACAACCCAACUACUCUUGCAAAGCGCAUAUUUGCCAGCUAGAGAUGCUGUUGGCCAACUUGAGAGCAAUACAGGUACCAAGUUCUUGAACCCGCAGAUGCGAUCAUCGCCGGGGCGUUUAUGCGUGAAACUGGAGCCAGUAUUACUGAGUACUUGCAGUAUUACAAUGAAUCUUGGUCCGGUCUUCAGUUGUAAUCGAAUCCUGAACGCCAGUACCAACAGGACAUGGAUGAUCUCAUACCAUGAGAUCCAGAAGCGAGACCCGCACGCAGCGAAGUUGCUCCUUUUAUCGGCUCACUUCGAUAAUCGAGAUAUCUGGUAUGAAUUGAUAAAAAGCAGCUGCCAUAGCUCAGACGCCCCCGUUUGGCUUGAAAGGACAAGAUCGAGCGGACUUCCGUUUAAUACCGGUGUCAAGAAUCUCAUCGGCUUCUCGCUGCGAGAGACUAAGGAACAAGUCGGGAGCUAUACGAGACACCCAGUGGUGCAAGACUGGUGCAUUCAUCUUUCUAGCACAGAAAAGAAUGCGGAUUCGACCCUGCUCAAUGAACUGGCACUAAUAGCUGUUGGAUACAAUGUCCCAAGUUCAAGUGACAGGAAUUAUUCCGUGCUACAGCAAUGGCUUAUUCCACACGCAAAUCAUGUACACCAUGGGGACUGGUCAAGUGGCAACAUUGGUAUUGCGGUAUGGAAAGUAUUUAAUGAUCUAGAGUAUCUCUAUUUUGAUAAGGGGAAGCUAAAAGAGGCAGAGGAGAUGUAUCAGCGAGCACUGGCAGGCUACGAGAAGGCUCUCGGUCCCGAUCAUACGUCCACGUUUGAUACAGUCAACAACCUUGGGAAUCUCUACAAAGAUCAGGGGAAGCUGAAAGAGGCAGAGGAGAUACACCAGCGAGCACGGGCAGAUAGUGAGAAGGCUGCUUAUGUUCAUGUUAAGAGGGCCCGGGGGGCUGUAGAGAGAUUGACUAGACGGGUUAAACAUCGCAGAUAG